CAUCAAUACUUCCGCCCCUUCCGGUUACCUGCCGGCGAGGGCGAGCGGCUCAGAGCUAUGGGCAGCGGCCGCGGCUCAGCGGUAGCGUAUUUACUUUCCAUUCCAAAGGCCCCAGGCUCAGUUCCCGGCAUCUCCAGGCACGGCUGGGCGGGAACCGCGCCUGAAAUCCUGGAGAGUCGCUGCCAGUGACCGCCCGCAAGACCGCAUGGUCUCAUUCGGUCUAAGGCAGCUUCCUACGUUCUUCUGACCGCCGACCGCCUCGAGUUGCCCUGAUUUGCCAGACUCCCUCCAGCUCCCUCGGCGGGCUUGUUCCGCCUCUUGCUUCCCCGCCACACGUAGUCGUCGCCCGCAACACCUGCUCAACUUUAUCGAUCCUCGUACCAAAAUAAAUUUGCAAUGACCGCGAGAACUAAACAGAAAAGAAAACACCCCCUCCAAGAACAGCAGCGGAAGGAAGCGUUGCUCUGUCCAAGGAAACCGGCAGCCGCCUUAAUCUGCAGCUAGGGAUCGCUUCCUCCGCUUGCCCCCGCUCGUCUCCCAGGUCCCUAGAGCGAGGGGUCCCGCCUGGGCUGCCUGGGAUUGCCGCCGCCUCGGUUUUUAGCCACACGUGCCGCCGCCGCCUCCCGUAGCGGCCCGCUCGCGUCCCCCCGCGCGCGCUGCCUCGCGCCUCAGUCCCUGCUCAGCUGUGCGUUGAGCUCGCUAAGCGUCGCAGGCAGGCUCGGGUGUCCUGGGGCCCGAAGCGCCCUAUUCCCUUCAAUGGGAGGCGGGGAGGGGAAAGGCGAAAAUACUCCGAAUAAGAAAACUGUCGUAAAAGUAUGAUGUUUACACAAAACUGAGGGGCCGCUUGAUCCUUGCUUCCUCCCUUUUUCUUUCUUUCCUUUUUCUUUUGAGGGGGGACUGCAAGGCAAUUGAAGGAGGGAUGCAAGCGUCCCAUAUGAGGUGAAGGGAAAACGGGAGCUUUGGGGAGGGCGAGCAAGGAGAGAGAAGGAAACGCCGGGAUGGUGCAAUUGUCGCGGCGAUACCCCAGUGAGGCGCGCUGAGUUUGGGGACAACUUGGCAGUUCGGGUCCCCUGGAAUUGAAACUUUGUGGAGCGGGGAUCUGUUGAGUUUUUUCGUCUAUGUCUUGUUGGGAGAUCUGGUGGAUUUUUCUCGCUCUCCUGGAGGAAGAAGCCGGUGCCGGCGGUUGGCUCCUUGGUCUUUGCUGGAGGGCGAAGGAAGAGAAGGGAUCUCGGCUGAGCUGCGUGGAGGGAGAGCUCGGACAUGUGUCAGCAGCGCAUCUGGGGAAUACAGGCUGCAAGUCCGAAAGGAGAUUUUCUGGGUUCAUUCAAAGUGCGAUAUUGAUCCUUGUUGUUUUUUUUCGCCGAGGGAUGCACUUGGCAUGAGAAUCGGAGGAUGGAAAUUGUUUGGGAGGUGCUUUUUAUCCUGCAAGCCAAUUUCAUCGUCUGCAUUUCAGGAUUAUUUUUAAAGAAAAUAAUACAUGUUGCUACUUUGAUUUCUUAUUGAGGCACGUUUGAAUGGUGAUUUCAACUCUGUAAUGCAUUGCAUGAUAUUGGAACAUCCCAAAUUUGGAAAGAGAAGCUUUCAGCAUUUUUUCUCGUAUGAUUGCUCAGCAGAAUUCACCAAAAAUCCAUGAAGGCUGGUGGGCUUAUAAGGAGGUGGUCCAGGGAAGCUUUGUUCCAGUUCCUUCCUUUUGGGGCUUGGUAAAUUCAGCCUGGAAUCUUUGCUCUGUUGGGAAAAGGCAGUCACCGGUCAACAUAGAAACCAGCCAUAUGAUCUUCGACCCCUUCCUUACCCCUCUUCGCAUAAAUACAGGGGGCAGAAAGGUCAGUGGGACAAUGUAUAAUACAGGGAGACAUGUUUCUCUACGACUGGACAAAGAACAUUUGGUCAACAUCUCUGGAGGACCCAUGACAUACAGCCACCGCUUGGAAGAGAUCCGGUUACACUUCGGAAGUGAAGACAGCCAGGGAUCAGAACACCUCCUGAAUGGGCAAGCUUUCUCUGGGGAGGUUCAACUAAUCCACUAUAACCAUGAGUUAUAUACAAAUGUUACAGAAGCUGCAAAAAGUCCCAAUGGCUUGGUGGUAGUUUCUAUAUUUAUGAAAGUAUCUGAAUCAUCAAAUCCAUUUCUAAAUCGUAUGCUUAACAGAGACACCAUAACAAGAAUAACGUAUAAAAAUGAUGCAUACUUACUGCAGGGACUUAAUAUCGAGGAACUCUAUCCUGAAACCUCUAGUUUCAUUACAUACGAUGGGUCGAUGACGAUUCCACCCUGCUAUGAAACAGCAAGUUGGAUACUAAUGAACAAGCCUGUCUACAUUACAAGGAUGCAGAUGCAUUCAUUACGAUUGCUAAGCCAGAAUCAGCCUUCACAGAUUUUUCUGAGUAUGAGCGACAACUUCAGACCAGUCCAGCCUCUCAACAAUCGAUGUAUCCGAACAAACAUCAACUUUAGUUUACAGGGGAAAGAUUGCCCAAACAAUAGAGCACAGAAACUACAGUAUAGAGUAAAUGAAUGGCUCCUCAAGUGAUCCAGGCAAAAGCAGGAAGAACUCUUAACCUCAUUUGAAUGCUAUUACUGUGAAUUGAUGUAAUACAGAAUGCCCCAGCUUCAUUCAGUCUUUGGUCUUCGUACUUCAUAGACAGCACACACAGCCGUACUCCAACAAAAAGGAAAAAGGAUGCCAAGUUGGGAAUUCAGCUAAAUGAAAUUUAUUCAUACAUGAUCGGUCAUAACAAAAACAAAAAGUAUCUACCAAUAACAUAAUUACAAUUUUGAUACUGUUUUCCUGAAACUACCAUAGCUCACAAAAAAAGACUUUUCAGACUUUGUACAUAUGAAAUUUCUCCUCUGUUCCUCUUCUCCCUUCUUCCCCCUCCCAUCAUUCCCCCAUUGAGAAAAAAAUGUGGUGGUUCACUACCGCAUCCAAGUGGAAUUGUGUUCUGUGUGCCAAGUAAUCCUUGGAAAGCUCUCAUAAUAUCACUGUCAUUACUGGUUACUGGCAAAGCAGAACUAGAAGACUGUAAGGGAAACUUGUUUCUGGGUCAUGAAUCCUUCUGUUUAUUUAAUAAUGGGCAGAUACUGAGAUACGUAUUGUAAAUAGAUCACUGAAGAAUAUAAAGGAAAUUGAAAUAUUUUCCCCUCAUCACAUACCUGUAGCAGGAACUGCCAAGACUGGAAUUAAUCCAUUUUUCUGUUCCUUGUUUUACAAAGGUCAUACGUUGUGUUUGGUUA